AUGAAUAAUCAAUACAGUAAUGAAGAAACAAAUCUUAUCUCAUUGGCCAAUAUUUUACGAGAUGCGGGUCGAUUGGAUGAAGCAGAAAAAUAUUAUUAUCGUUUGCUUGAACAACCCUCAGAUGAUCAUCUAGACAGAGCUGCAUGUUAUCGUGGACUUGGUGAUGUUGCCAAUGACAAAGAUAACUAUGAUAAAAGUCUAGAAUUUCACAAGAUAUCUUUGGAAAUCAUGACUCAAUCUUUAAAAGCGGAUGAUUAUUGUCUUGCUUAUAUCUAUAACAGUAUUGGAAAUGUUUACAUCAAAAAAGGCGAUUAUCAACAAGCACUCAAGGAAUACAAAAUGGCAUAA